GAGGACUUGGUGCACUGAAUAGAUUUAGUCAUUGCUGAGUUCUCUCUCUAUGAAGCAGCAACACUCACCAUCGGAAGGAGGUCAUGGCAAUAACACGUCUUUUUUGCUGUGUGCUGAUUCAAGUCUUGCUUAUCACAGUCUAUGGAGAAAUUGAAGUAAACUGUCGAAAUCAAACUGGGACUGUGGGAAAACCAUUACAUCUAAUCUGCAAUGUUAAAUGUGAUAAAAACAGCUCAACAACUGAGUAUUAUUGGAAAAUACCAAUUAAGAAAUGCACUCAAUGCGGUGUAGAGAAGAAUGUUUCUAGUGGCAUGAUUCGUACAUUUAAUUAUACAAUUCAGAAUGCUUCAAAGGAUCACACCGGAAGUUUUACAUUUUGGGUACAAAUGAAUACUGGAUCUAAGAAAACAAUAUUCAAUGUGAAUAUAGUUGAUCCCACUACUGCUGAUUCUGCAACCAAAGGAAAUACAGAGAAAUUGCAUAAAGACGAAGAAAACAAUAGUUCAAUUGAAACAAUUAAAGAAAACAAUCGUUCAAAUGCAGUUGCCGCUGUUUUAGUGAUCGUGGUGGUUCUUGCCAUAAUCAUCAUGCUGGCUCUUUAUCGAAAAAGGAAAAACAUUAAUAUGUCAAUUACUGAACAAUGCACUUGUCAAAAUAUCACAAAUCAAGACCUAAUAUAAUCAUGAUACAUAGUUGUUGCUCAGAAAGGCAAGCUUUCAUUUUGUGCCAGUCUCUGUCUCAGCAGAAGGACAGAAAAUUAAGGUCAAAAAAAGGAUGAAAAUAUCUAGUUGACGGGGAGGAAUAUAAUCCCAGAUAUGUAGCAGAAGAUUUUAUUUUCUUUCUUUCUUUAUGUAUAUCCUCAUUUCUGGUUUCAGUGAAAUUUUUGUUUUACUUAUCACUCUGUGAUGCUAAAUUUCUGUGGUCUGUGAUGUGGUAGCUAAGUUUUUAAGGUGCUAGACCACUGAUUAGAAGGUUGUGAGUUCGAAUCUCAGGUCCACAAAGCUGGCACUGCUAGGCCCCUGAGCAAGGCCCUUAUUGUUCAGUUGUAUACAAUGUGAUAAAAAUGUAAGUUGCUCUGGAUAAAGGUGUCUGCUAAAUGGUAUAUUACAUUAAUAUACUAUAUAAUAAUAUAUUAUAUUAACAUCAUUUACAGUACCUUCUCAGAAAAAGAAAGUUAUCAAUCUUAUCAUUGGUGGUAUUAUACCCUAAUGAGCAUUACUUAUAUUAACAUUGAUAUAAAUAAGUGCAUAUAAUCCUCAAGGGCCUUACAUGUACAAUACUAACUUUUUCCUACAGAUUGAUGAUAAAAUGAAAUUUUCUUAUAAUUAUAGUAAUAAUAAUAAUAAUAAUAAUAAUAAUAAUAAUAAUAAUAAUUCAAAUCUGAAAUCUAUUCAUUUCUAUAUCAGAUAAGUUUCUGAUCACUGAGUGAUCAGAAACUUAUCUGAUAUAGAAAUGAAUAGAUAAGUUUCUGAUCACUGAGUGAUGGGCAAAUAUCUUAUAGACUGUGACUAAAAUGAAAUGAUUUUACUGUUGUUGGCUCAUUGGAACAUUUGAUACAGUACAUAAGCUAAAUAGAUAUGUUUUCCCCAAAUAAACUAUGAUUGAACAGA